AUGGAAUAUGACUCUUUGAGAGUUUUAGAACGCAAUCCUUUCUAUACUUGGUGCCUUUUCUACUUUGCUCAGAGCUUCCAGGCGGAACUUCCAUGGUCUGAAUGCCCGAACAAAUAUUUCGAUAACGGAUCGUACAUCACUGAGCCGGAGUGUGCAGCAAGCAGUCCAACACAAUACUUCUGGUAUCGAACAACUCUUCAGAUCUCCGAAGACAUCAACCAUCCAAUAUCAUUUAACUACAAAAUCGCACUAGCUCUUGUUAUCGCCUGGAUCCUGGUCUAUUUAUGCAUGAUUAAAGGGAUAGCUUCCUCUGGUAAAGUCGUGUACAUCACUGCCACUUUCCCUUACAUCGUUCUGGUCAUCUUCUUCUUCAGAGGUAUAACUUUGAAGGGUAUGGGUGAUGGACUGAUACAUCUCUUUACACCAAAGUGGCACACGAUUCUAGACCCUGUUGUCUGGUUGGAAGCUGGCACUCAGAUAUUCUUUUCCCUUGGCUUAGCUUUUGGAGGUCUUAUAGCCUUCUCGUCCUAUAAUCCAGUUGAUAAUAACUGUUAUAGAGAUGCAAUUAUGGUCUCUAUGACUAACUGUUUAACGUCCAUGUUCGCUGGUAUCGUUGUUUUCUCCAUCAUUGGUUUUAAAGCGACGAUGGUGUAUGAGAAAUGUUUGAGCUUAAGGAAUGAAACUCUUCUGGAGACAUUUGGAUCUUCUUAUCAGUCUAUGGUGUUCCCGGAAGAAGGGCAGCCGGUAACGAUUGGUAUGAAUGGUAAUCUGACCACUAUAAUGAUGCCACAUUUACCUGAAUGUGAUCUGCAGAAGGAGUUGGAUAAUACGGCGUCGGGUACAGGCCUUGCUUUUAUAAUCUUCACGGAGGCUAUCAACCAGUUCCCUGGGGCUCAGUUCUGGUCUGUGCUGUUCUUCCUGAUGCUCUUCACCCUCGGAAUCGACUCCCAAUUCGGCACGCUAGAGGGCGUAGUCACAUCUAUCGUGGAUAUGAAACUGUUCCCCAACCUUCGAAAGGAGUACCUCACCGGUGGUCUAUGCCUCAUCUGCUGUUUAUUAUCUAUGGCCUUCGCACAUGGCGCUGGAAGCUACAUAUUCUUGCUAUUUGAUAUGUACAGCGGCAACUUUCCUUUGCUCAUCAUCGCUUUCUUCGAGUGCAUUGGUAUCUCUUACGUCUAUGGUGUUAAAAGAUUUGCGGACGACAUAGAACUGAUGACUGGUCGUCGACCUGGCAUCUACUGGUUAAUCUGCUGGAAGUAUUUAUCCCCACUGGCGAUGCUUUGUAUCCUAAUCUCAUCAUUUGCUGAGCUGGCGGUGGGUGGAGCAGGGUACGACGCCUGGAUAGCAUCGGAAGGAGAUACAGAGAGGAAGUCGUGGCCUGUGUGGGCUGUGCUGUUGGUUAUAGUGCUGGUGUUGGCUUCUGUGCUUUGGAUCCCUGGAUUAGCUAUAUGCAGAUACUUCGGCAUUCCGAUAAUAGAGGAUGAAGAAAGAGCGUGGUUCCCGGCGGAUGACUUGCGUGACUUCCACGGCAUCGAACCUCGACCCGUCUCAAACUUAGAGACGCUGCUAUUCUGCACACGACCUGAUGGUACUGAAGGCUGCUGCUGGCCCGGCUGCUGUGAAACUGAUGACGAAGAGUAAAAAAUAUCUUAGUGUUACCAUGUUAAGUUACACACUAGCGCCACC